AUGGCUGUUCUAGGCGGGCUUAGGGAACUUCUCAGCAAGUAUCAGUACAUGAACGAGCAGCUGAUGUCGCAACGUCGCUCGAUCAAGAGGAAGUUGCCCGAUAUCAAACAGGCGAAGGAAACUGUAACGUAUUUGACAAAACAGAAGGAAAGUGGUGUGGGAGAGUAUAGAUGUCGCUUUCCACUUACUGACAACGCUCAUGCCAGUGCUAGAGUGAACCCACAGGAGAUAGACUCGGUGUGUUUGUGGUUGGGAGCUAACAUUCUUUUGGAGUAUAAGUUGGAUGAAGCAACGGAGCUGUUGAAUGACAACGAAGAGAGCGCACGGAAGAGCUUGGGUGAUUUAGAGCAGGGAAUCGCGGUUGUUCGGGACCAAAUCACUACCACUGAGGUGAACAUAGCUAGAGUGCAUAACUACAAUGUGAAGCAGCGCUCAGAGCAACGACAAGGAGCCGCUCCUUAG